AUGUCGAAGUAUCCACCAGAUCGUCGCCAGAAAGAGGUUCGAAACUCUGCUAUCUCUGGGGCAUGUGCAGGUUUAGUGUCCAGUGUUGUUACGUGCCCGUUGGAUGUCAUUAAAACCCGGCUACAGGUGCGCCCAGAGGCGAGUGCAUCUGGCAGUAUAACGCAUGGUGGAUUUGAUAAUGUGACAACGGUCAUCAGAAAAAUUUGGACCGAAGACGGCUUGCGAGGCUUUUACCGCGGUCUGGGACCCACGGUGAUAGGGUACCUCCCCACCUGGGCUAUUUACUUUUGCGUAUAUGAUGCUGGGAAAAAAUUUUUCGGUGAGCAUACAGCGCUCUCUCAUAUGCAUCCCUUUGCGACUCAUAUUGCGAGCGCUAUGCUUGCCGGCGCCACGAGUACGACAUGCACCAGUCCCAUGUGGGUUGUCAAGACGCGCACGAUGUUACAGACGGCUUCUGUUCCGAAGCAUGAGCUUUAUCGCCAUACUUUCGAUGCGUUUGUCAAGAUUUAUCGGUCUGAGGGUAUGAUGGCAUUUUACAAGGGCCUCCUACCCAGUUUGUUAGGUGUUUUCCACGUUGUUGUCCAAUUUCCUUUAUACGAGCAUUUCAAAAGCAUGACAUCAGAAUUCAAGCGUGGAGAUGCACUCUCACCUGGAUCUAUCCUGCUAUGCAGUGGCGGCUCGAAAAUGCUUGCUUCCAUGGCUACAUACCCGCAUGAAGUUCUUCGCACGCGUCUUCAGAUGGUCCCAAAGUGCACGACACAUAACGGCGUCGUAAUGCGACAAUAUUCUGGAUUCGUUCAAACUUUUGUAUCUAUUUUGCGCUAUGAAGGUAUCUCAGGGUUUUAUCGCGGUAUGGGUGUAAACCUCGUUCGUACGGUGCCGAACUCGGGCUUGACUAUCUUGACGUACGAAGUAAUCAUGCACUAUUUCGCAACACACUCCAUAUGA